AUGACGCUCCGUCCCACUUCGAGUACGAAAUGCCCCGCGGUUCCCGGUAAGCUUUACCAAACCUGUUACCAAGACAGCCAAAACAACAACACUGUAUAUAACCGGCCAGCUCCCACUCACAGGCCAAGGAGAUCGAGUUCCUUACAGCGGAAGAAGCGCGAUUCGAAAAUUUCGGUGUCGACGGGAAGUUCGACGCGCAGUAGUAGCCACCAGGAAUACCUAGACAGUCUCGAGGUGCCGAGCCAGGAAAUGGUGCAGCGCAUUGGGGAGAUUCAGGAGCGCAAAGAAGAGGAAAUCAUGCAGCGAUUAUAUGGAGAGCUGAAUCAUGAAGAGCGAGAGAAAGCGGCCAAUGUGAUUCAGAGGAAUUAUAGAGGGCAUAGGGAGCGCAGGAUGUUGAACGGGCUGAGUUUGGAUCCGAGUACUCGGUGGGUGGAAGCGAUCAGGGAAGCUCAGUAUCGCAACUUGACGACGCCAAGGGCGAGGGGAAAUCUGGAGCACAGCAAUAUUGGAAAAGAAAUUCCAGCGAGCAACGUGCAUAGUUCUGGGACUGUGAGUGUUGCAAGGCAAAAUUGGAAGAAGAUUGGGCUUAUUACUAGGAGAGCGGGAGGUGAUGAGGAUUCGGAUAGUCACAGUAGCGAGGAUGAUGAAAAUACGCCAGAGCAGGAACGAGAGCAGCGGCGGAAACGAAAAUUGGAGGCUAAGAUGCAACGACAGAAGGCUGCCAAGAUCAUGGACUUGCAGUAUUUCCUGGAGAUGGUGGAUGUUAAGCAUCGCUAUGGGAGCAAUUUAAGGACUUACCACGAAGAAUGGAAGAAGGCCGAUACUAAAGAGAAUUUCUUUUACUGGUUGGAUUAUGGAGAAGGGAGGUUUAUCGACUGCCAAGGGUGCCCGAGGGAAAGACUGGACAGGGAGCAGGUCAGGUAUCUUUCAAAGGAAGAGAGAUUGGACUAUUUGGUCAAAAUUGACAAGGAGGGGAGAUUAUGCUGGGCGAAGAAUGGAGCUCGAAUCGAUACAACCGAGAAGUACAAAGAUUCCAUCCAUGGCAUCGUACCAGCAGAUGAUGCGACACCAGCGUACCGACAACCAGAAGCAGAAGCUGCCACUGGACUCCAAGACCACUCGGAAUCCUCUUCUGACUCUGAAGAAGACACAGACGAUACUGCAGCCCGAGCCGACAAAUAUGCAACUCCAGAAUUUGACAAAGCCAAAGGAGUCAAGAAAGUAACUCAUGUUUCUGCUGCUACUAUCUUCAACAAACUGCUGCGAGGGUCUGUCAAGAAGAAUACCUGGAUAUUCGUUGCAGAUACUUCCUUCCGACUAUAUGUUGGAAUCAAACAGUCCGGAGCUUUCCAGCACUCUUCGUUUCUUCACGGGUCUCGUAUAUCAGCAGCGGGAUUGAUUAAAGUCAAGAACGGCCGAAUUUCCAAGCUGAGCCCUCUCAGUGGACACUACAGACCACCAGUCUCCAACUUCAGGGCAUUUAUCCACUCUCUGAAGGAUGCUGGGGUAGAUAUGAGCCAUGUCUCCAUAUCUCGCUCCUAUACAGUUCUCUUGGGACUCGAAGCUUAUGUCAAGACCAGACGGCGAGGCAAGAGAUUCAUGAGGAAACUGGUACAUGGCAAAGAAAAGAUUCUUUCGCCCGAAGAAUUGGCCAAGAAAGAAGAGGCAGCACGAGACAAGAGCGAGAGCGCAGCCAAAGAAGCGCGAUUCCUGGAACUGAAACGAGAAGCCGAGGAAAGGGAGAAGGAGAACCAUAAUGCUAGAAUUCUGGAGAAGUUGCACCUCACAAGGUCUCAUGCUCGUACACAUGAUUCCGAGGAAAAGAUGCAUAGAAAGACAGAUUCUGAUGUGCAGGUGCCGGGUACUGGACCUGAGAAUGCUAUCGCGCCAGAGGGCUUGAGGGCCGAAUGA